AUGCGGAAUGGUGACGAGGCGAGAGUUUUAUGUUGUUUAAAGUUUUUUGUGCCGCAACCAAAAUUGGAUGACGUGAAAAUGGGCAACAUACAAACCCGUAAGCCCGAAUACAGUUCGCCGGUUUCCACUCCUCAGCAUCAGCUUCAUUUGCCUGUAGAAUUGCCCAGGACUCAUAAUUUGCGAGCGAGUAUUCGGACUAAAAUACCGAUGCCAGACAAGAGUGAGUUGGAAAGGCGGUUCACAAAAGUCUUGGCGUCCAUGAAUUUGCCUGCGGACAAAGCAAAACUCCUAAAGCAGUAUGAUGACGAAAAAAAAUGGGACUUAAUUUGUGACCAGGAAAUGGUUCAAGCUAAAGACCCACCAGCUCACUAUUUAUCUAGACUCCGUACAUAUUUAGAUCCAAAAGCUUCCCGAAGUUCAAGAAAGCGAAAAAUGGUAGGGGAUGCCACUUCUACACAGGUUUUGCGGGAUCUAGAAAUAUCUCUUAGGACCAAUCAUAUAGAGUGGGUUCGUGAAUUUCUUGAUGAUCAAAAUCAUGGUCUGGAUUCGUUGAUUGACUAUCUUAGCUUUAGAUUAGUGAUGAUGCGCCACGAAUAUAGGUCUUGUGCUGAUGUGACUAAUGUAUCUACAGAAAAAAUCAAUCAAGGUAAUCAUAUUCACACAAAUGGCAUUAGUAACGGCAAUGUAACGAAUCACGCGAGACCUACUUUAGACGUACUAGAUAGCCCUGGGAUCAAACGGAGAUCGCGACACGCUGCAAAGUUAAAUAUGGGCGAUACCAAAGAUGAUAUACACGUUUGUAUAAUGUGUUUACGAGCUAUCAUGAACAAUAAGUAUGGAUUAAAUAUGGUGAUUCAACAUACCGAUGCAAUCAAUAGUAUAGCAUUGAGUUUAAUGCACAAAAGUUUGAGGACAAAAGCUUUAGUACUUGAGCUUCUGGCUGCAAUAUGUUUAGUGAAAGGUGGUCACGAGAUCAUUUUAUCCGCAUUUGACAACUUCAAAGAAGUCUGCCAGGAAAAGAAACGUUUCCAAACCCUAAUGGAUUAUUUUAUUAAUUAUGAAGUUUUUCACAUAGAAUUUAUGGUUGCUUGCAUGCAAUUUAUAAACAUUAUUGUGCACUCUGUGGAAGAUAUGAAUUUUCGGGUUCAUCUGCAAUAUGAAUUUAGUACUCUCGGGCUCGAUGAAUAUUUAGUCAAAAUCAAGCAUACAGAAAGUGAAGAACUUCAGGUUCAAAUUUCUGCGUAUCUUGAUAAUGUAUUUGAUGUAGCAGCAUUAAUGGAAGAUAGUGAAACUAAAACGGCUGCUUUAGAAAAAGUAGAAUCUCUAGAAGACGAACUUGCACAUGCACAUGAUAGGUUAGCUGAAUUAGAACGUGAAUCAUUAGCCCAAUUGGCUGCAUUAGAGAGCUCGCUUGGAAUGGCUCGGGCUGAAAGGGAUGCCGCAGCAGAGAGCAAACGUACAGUUGAAGAAGAAGUAGCAACACUACGGAGGGUUGUAAACGAUCAAAAACGUGAAUCUCAAUCUCGACAGUUCAUGCUUGAAGAAAAAAUUCAAGAAUUGAUUUCACGUGGAGCUCAACCAGAUUUAAGCUCUAGCAGUGGAAUUUCAAGUUGUUCCUCGACUGGAAGCAAUAGUAUUUCUGCCUCACCUCCACUACCACCUCCACCACCACCAUCAACUACUGCUUCUUCAAUAGCUAUGCCACCUCCGCCACCCCCGCCACCACCAAUAUCUCCAAAACCAACUGGUAUACCUAUUCCACCACCACCUGCCCCACCAUUAGCGGGAACAAUGCAAGCACCAGAUGGAGCUAUGACAAUUAAGCGUAAAGUUCUGACCAAAUACAAGUUACCAACUUUGAAUUGGGUUGCAAUGAAACCAAAUCAAGUUCGUGGUACUAUUUUUAAUGAGCUAGAUGAUGAUAAGUUACACUCUGUGAUAGACUUUGGUCAGUUUGAAGAGAAAUUUAAAUUGACAGCUGCUGGUCGAGCAUUGAUUAAUGGCAAUUCUGACCAACAUGACGGGUUAAUGACAUAUCCGAGUAAACGAAUGAAGAAACAAGAUAAUAUUUCUCUUUUGGAACAUACUCGCUUAAGAAAUAUUGCUAUUUCAAGAAGAAAACUUGAUAUGCCAGUUGAACGUGUCAUAAUGGCUGUUAAUUCAUUAGACUUAAAACAAGUACCUUUAGAAAAUGUUGAAAUUCUUCAACGAAUGAUUCCUUCUGAUCAAGAGGUAAAGUCUUAUAAGGAAUAUCAGUUGGAGAAAAAAGACAUAAACAUGUUAACUGAAGAAGAUAAAUUUUUAAUGCAGUUAACUAAAGUCGAAAGACUUGCCACCAAAUUAUCUAUAAUGAGCUAUAUGGGUAACUUUAUGGACAACUUACAUUUAAUAUCACCACAAGUGCACGCCAUUAUAUCGGCUUCGAGUUCCGUAAAGAAUUCCAAGAAACUACGUCAAUUGCUUGAGAUAAUAUUAGCAUUUGGUAAUUAUAUGAAUAGCGCGAAACGUGGUCCUGCAUAUGGAUUCAAACUUCAAUCAUUAGAUACUUUAGUUGAUACCAAGUCAAGUGACAGGCGUAUUUGCCUUCUACAUUUUAUUGUUGAUACCAUCAGGUCAAAAAUGCCAGAAAUCAUGAAUUUUGAUUCAGAAUUUAUGUACAUUGAUAAAGCAGCAGCUGUAUCAUUGGAAAAUGUUAUAACUGAUGUUAAUGAGUUAGAAAAAAAUAUGGAGAUCGUAAAGAAAGAAUGUGAAACCAGAGGUUACGGAAAUGCUCAACAUGUAAUGGUUCUUCGAGAUUUCCUUAAUAAUUCUGAAGACAAACUUAAAAGGUUGAAAAAUGAGACUAAAACUGCUCAAGAAUCAUUUAGGGAUUGUGUAGAAUAUUUUGGUGAAUCACGCCGAGGUACAGAUGCCAAUACUUUCUUUUCCAUGCUAGUUAGAUUUGUUAAAGCAUUCAAGACGGCUGAUAUCGAAAAUGAACAAAAAAAAAGAUUAGAAGAAGCUGCAUGCCAAAUUAAAUUAAAAGGUAGUACUGAGAACCUAGCUGCCAAAAACAAAACAAAUCAAAAAUUGCAACAAGAAGCUGUUAUUAAUGAACUGAAGAAUAAGACAAAGAUGGUAAAAGAAAAGAAAUUGUUACACCAAGAUGAAGUAUACAAUGGUGCAUUGGAAGAUAUUCUCUUGGGUUUGAAAAAUGAACCUUAUAGGAGAGCAGAUGCUGUUCGAAGGAGCCAACGGCGUCGCAUAGACAGCAAUCGAUUGUCCAGGACAUUGGAAGAACUUGAAUUUUGA